AUGUUUAUAUUAGAAAGGAGGUUUUAUGGUUUACCUAUCCUUAAGCCAGGCAUACUCUCAAUCUUUAGUCUGCUUUCUAGUGUGCGUAUCUUUGAAGCAAGUAAUCUUCUGUUUCAGUACCAUUGCUGUGGAACAAACAACUACACCGAAUGGGAAGACACCACCUAUGGAAAGAAUGUCACUGGAGUACCUGACUCGUGCUGCAAGAUUAUUGAUACGGGAUGUGGCCAUGGUAUUUUCUCUCACAACAAGACAGAAGCCAUCUUCACUGAUGGUUGCUACACUGCCCUCAACGACUCGGCAAUGCGCAACAUUGGUGCCAUUAUUGGAGGUGCAGUUGCCCUUGCUCUGCUGCAGAUGGUUGGCGUUUGGAUGUCACACUGUCUAGUCCGAGCAGUGAAGGAGCGGUACGAAAUCUUGUAAACGACGAAAGGAAUUCAUCCCCCCAACAGUAUUACGAAACAGCUGGCUCCCAGACUGCUGUGCCAUACAUGCUUAUAGGAAGGGGGUUACUGGUCACAUUGAAAGCCUGAUCUUAUGCAAGACCAUUUGCCAUAUAUUUCAUGGUCCUUGUUCUUUUUAUUUUGACAUGUGAAUUUUUAUUGGCCUUUGGUUCCUUCAUUAAGAAAGUAUUCCAUAAUGAAACUGAUCUAGGUUUUAGUGGUACAGGUGGUGUAAAUGUAUGAGUACUGGAUUUUCUGAAGACGUAGAUCCAAGAAUAUUUGGGCAUUUUACUGAAUGAAAUAAUUAACCAAGUUUUAUAUUUAUCCAUGAAAUACCCAAUUGGUGCCAAGUAAAGGUUCACAUACAAGAAGCUCAUAUGAAGAGUUGUGAGCAUGGCCAGGGAAAGAGUAUUUUUCUAGUGAUUUUUUUGAUUGUGUGAUGUUUAACUAUGAAUGUGAUAUGGAGUUUAAGCUUGAAAAUUAGAUAUGUAAGUUUUUAAUAUGAAUGGUAAUAAUUUUAAGGGUGUGAAAAGGGUUCUUUUAUAUAGUCUGCAUUGGAAGGGAGACUAGGAAAACAGUAAAGUAAACAUGUAUUCACACUUCUAUAUGUAUCAGUGUAAUGUAUUCUCUUCUGUGUACUCCUAAUAAAAUGUUCAGAUCUA